AUUCACUGUUACUAAUGAACAUUAUGAAACAAUGAAUUUUUAGAAAUGCAAAAUCUCCCAUGGAAAAAUAAAGCACUGGAACAUUUCAGAAAGUUUUCCACCCCAUAUUUAACCUAAACUUCCCUUGCUGCAACUGGGGCAGUCUCAGCAAAAAUCCCCUUGAUCUCGAGAGGAAGAAGUUCAUCCCUCUGCCCCUGAAACUUGGAUCUAGACCUUAACUCCCCUUGUGGGUCUUUCUGAAGAGAACCUGCCCAGACAGCUUGGAAAUGGAAAGCAGUUGGAAAGUGAGGAAGGGUUUCACAAUUCAUGUGGUAUUAAACCCUUGCUACUUAGCUCAUGUGUUUGAGUGCUGAUGACAUUUACCAGUAAGUUUGUAUCAUCUGUGGAAGAUUUUUAGGGCUCAUGCCUGCUUACAGUGCUGAGGAUGAUGCUCUAACAACCAAACUAGUGACUUUCUACGAGCACCAAGAGGAUUCUUCUGUUCCUUCCCACCAAGCAACUGUUCUCUUAUUUGACCCAAGAAAUGGAUCCUUAAGAGCUGUCUUAGAUGGCAGUGUCAUUACAGCAAAACGAACAGCUGCAGUGUCUGCGAUAGCUACUAAGCUCUUGAUGCCACCCUCUGCAGAAGUGCUGUGCAUUUUGGGAGCUGGGGUUCAAGCCCAUAGCCAUUAUGAUAUAUUUACAGAGCUGUUUUCAUUUAAGGAGGUCAGGAUGUGGAAUCGCACGAAAGAGAAUGCUGUGAAGUUUGCUGGCUCAGUGACGGGUCCAGUGCAGGUUUGCUCUUCUGCUCAGGAGGCCAUUAUUGGGGCUGAUGUCAUUAUAACAGUUACCAUGGCAACAACACCUAUUUUAUUUGGAGAAUGGGUAAAACCAGGUGCCCAUAUCAAUGCAAUUGGGGCAAGCAGACCAGACUGGAGAGAAUUGGAUGAUGUAGUGAUGAAGAAUUCUGUGCUGUACGUGGAUUCCAGAGAGGCUGCUUUGACUGAAUCGGGAGAUGUUAUAUUAUCAGGGGCAGAAAUUUUUGCUGAGUUGGGAGAGGUAGUGAAAGGGACAAAACCAGCACUCUGUGGGAAAACAACAGUGUUCAAAUCACUGGGGAUGGCCAUUGAAGAUACAGUAGCAGCAAAAUUAGUUUAUGAUUCCUGGUCAGCUGGUAACUAAAACUGGAGAGCCUGCAAUAUCAAGACGGGCAUAACAGUCUGAAGUCAGUGGCUUGCAUUUGGCUUUUGGGCACUUUUUUUCUUUACACAGAAAUGUAAUAAUCGUACAUGUUAUGUACAAAGCUUUUUCAUAACUUUCAGUCAUCAACUUUAAAACCACAAACUGUGCAGUACAUAAUCCUGUAUUUUUAAGACAGGUAUCUAAUGUUUCUGUCACUAACAAAUGUACUUCUGUGUAUUAUCCUUAUAGGACAAAUGAUUUACCACUCCAUGCAUCUUUCGUGGAGAGCUUUGAGAGCUAAUUGGUGUUAUGGUGAAAUAUGCUGGUUUGAAGAUUAGAGUUUAAUGUUCUGUCAUGGAACAAAAGAGAUGGCACUCUCACUUGAAAUCCAGUGGGUUGCAUUCUUAGCAUGUUGAACCUGCAGUGCAGUUCAACAUAUAUCCUUCCAUUCUCAAGCUCCAAUUCAGGAAUACUAGGAGUUUUGUAGAUCAGAGAUUGUGUCAAGUGGAAGGGUCACAUGCUGACCCACGGUCAGAUCAUUGAUUCAGAUCACCGUCCCUGAUUCGAUCCAGCCGAAUCCUGAAAAUUUGAUGCUGAUUUGGGGAAUCAGCGAUUUGGACAUAGGCACAGCCAUAAAAGUUUUUUUCUAUAUACCUUGAGGUAGCAGGUGCGGCUUGUGAAAGCUGCAAUGCUGGGGCACAUGGAGCGUCCCAUAGGAGUGCAGAGGGGCCCUCCACAUGCUCGGCGGUGAACCUGGAAGUGGACCAGAAGUACUUAGGCGUUUGCUGGGGAACGCACUGGGGGGGACCCCAGCUCGGCGAUUGCCUGCAGGGAAACCUGGAAGUGCUUCUGGUCCGCUUCCAGGUCUGCUGCUGAGUGCACUGGAGAGCCCCCCCUGUGCUUCUGGGACACUCUGCGCUCCAGCAUUGCAGCAGGCACGAGCCCCUGAUACUUAUAGGUAUGUGGAAAAAACAUUCAAAGCUGUGUCUGUCUGAAUCUCUCCAAAUCGAUUCAGAGGGUUCAGAUUCCAUUUAGAGAGAUUGAAGGGUCCUCUGAUUUGAUUCAGAUUGAGAGAUUCGGCCACCAAAUUGGGCCGAAUCUCUGCUGAAUCGAAUCGGGAGCAAAGCUUCUCACAGCCCUAGAGUUAAUGCCUAUUUCUGUAAGCAGCGAGGCCUUUAGCAGAGCCUUUGUUUAAGCUGUGUAUGCACUGAUCAAUGAUUGUAUUAAUACAUGGUCCAGCAAGGCCUACUGUCCAUUAAAUGCGUCCUUAUUCUGUGCAGGGGUGUAGGUUGUAGCCGUGUUGGUCUAAGGACAUAGGCAGACAAGGUUCCUUGGGUGAAUUUGAUAUCUUUUAUUAGACCAAUUCUUGUUCUGUGGAAGCAUAUGCAGCAGUCAUUGCAAAUGAUGGUAUCAGUAUUGGCAAAGCCAGAAAGUGGAGGUACAAGUAUUAUUUAGAGUUAAAAAAAAACAAACAAACAAACCUCUAGGUCGGGGGUAGGCAACUCCUGGCAUGAGUGCCCAAGUGUGGCAUGCAAAGACAUUUUACUUGGUACUUGCACUUCUAGGAAGGGCUAGGGCUACUCUGCCACAACAAGAAUCAGGCCCUCCUUGUCCUCUUGUAGCUCCCCUGCCAUCUGCACCUGGCAAUUCAAGGUUGCAGGUGUUUUUGGCACUCUGCUCAAAAAUGUUGCCGACCUCUGCUCUAGGUGAUGCCCAAGUAAGGGAAUUUAGAGGUCAAAGGCCUGUGAUGCAAACAAUCGCCUGACUUUCUAACUUCUGCUUUUUCCCUCAGUUUCCUUUGAUGCUUCCAAUACUAGACUUAUCAGAGUGCUUACCUGUAGCAAAAUGGCAGCACAUUAUUAGGAGUCUUGGAGUGUUAGGUUGCCCACUCAGUGAAUUUCAGUGGGACUUGCAAAUAUGGUUCACUUAGGCUCCUUGGGAAAUCCCAGUCUCCAUCUGUUCAUAUUUCUUGUUUUACAAAUCACAGUGGCAUAAUCUCAAGAUAAGUAUUAUGUAUUACUUAAAUUUAUGUUGAAAUUAAAAUGAACUAUCUGUUUCUAGUAGGUGCUCUUCUGAUUACCCACUAUGUGUUUUUAAUAUGUUUUUUGAAGAUUAUAAAUAAAACCUCUUUUUCUAUCUAACUUGUCUCAUUGUCUUUCCUGUGUCUUGACUCCAAGAGUCAAUAUGGCUGCCUUUUGUAGCUAAUCACUUGCUGUAUAAAAGGGAAAAAGACAAGCUAGUUCUGCUCCGUUUGGGGACUGGGUUUUUUAUGGUCAUGGAGCAUGUUCUUUUUCCAUGUUUGUCCAAUUUAGAUUGUAAGCUCCUUGGGGAGCAUCCAUUCUCCUCCAUUAGGGGUUGUCUUUAUCCAUCAAAGGCAGCAGGAUAAAACAGAUUUACAAGUGGAAAUGCACAGGAUGAGAUUUUUUUUUUUUUUUUUUUUUUUUUUUUUUGAAGGAGAGAGGGAUUGGCAGCAUUUUCAAAAUCGUUCUGGCACUUUAACUCCUACUGAAAUCAACAGGAGUUAGGCACUUAUGUGCCUGGGAGAAUCUUGAAACUUGCCUACCUCUAGCUUUAAGCACAUACCUACCUUUUUAAACCUGGCCCCCAGAGUUGUAUUACAGGCAUCACAUGGUACUCUGGUCUAGUCUUGUUGAUGCUCAUUUAAGUGAACAAUGUAAUGUAGAGAUGGGUUAGUAAUAUCUACUGAGACUUCAAUCAAAAUAUGUAACAAAUGAACAUGCGACAACUGGUGACUGUUCUGCAGAAUUGCCACGUGCAUCAGUUCCACCUUUAGUGACAUAAGUCAUAGAUGGGUUGAUGUUGUGGUAAGAGUUCUGCAUGUCUUCUGAUAACAAGUGUAUGUAGGGAGACAGAGAAGAAAGUGGAUGGUAAUACAGUAGUGAGUGGAAAUGGUCUGUUGGAACUGGAUUCUAGUCAUCUUGCAAAGUAAAUGAUGACAGAGCUUAGCCAGUAAAUCGGGACUGGGAUGGUGAGGUAGGUCUAUGUCCAGCAGUCUGAGCUCAGGGAAAAUUACAAGGGUUUGGAAAUCAAUUUGCCCAAGUAGGGUUGAGAGGAUUUGACCCUUCAGUUAAAAGGGUGUCUUCAAGCGCAUAAAAACCAUUGCUUUUUUGCUUUGUUAAAUAGCCAAGAAUUUCUUGGUUAAUUACCUACUGGAUGCUGUCUGGUUUAAUUAAUGUGCUGGGAAUUGCAGUUGCAUACCAUGGGAUUCCAGAACAGCUGCAUAAUAGAAAAGAGCAUUGAAGUUUCAAAGCAUUAACCCACCGAGUAACUGGACCCAGUAGGCAGAAGUUUUCUCAGCUCAGCACCUACAGGCAGAGAGAGGUUGUUCCUUAAAAUCAAAGCCUUCCUAC